AUGGCAAGACUCUGUGCUGUGUGUAGAAUAAAAGAGGUUUAUAUUGAAAAUGGAUAUCCCACUGAAUUUUGUUCUCACAAUUGUCGAAAAGCUGCAGUAGACAGACAUCUUGUUGAAGCUUGUAUUGUAUGUCGUAUAUAUCCAAGAGUUUUGCUACAAACUGGCACUAGAUCACCUUAUUGUGGAAAAAAUUGUCAAGCUAAAGCAACAGCGUACGGAUCGGGGGCACCGCCAACACGGUAUACGACUCCUACAAGACCACCGAUUCAGCAAGGAUUCCCCCGACCAGUACUUGUAUCUUCUCCCGUAUCUACUAUACAACCUGGCCAAGUUAUAAGUGUGCCGCCGCCACUUCCAGUUAGACAGCCGGUUGCUCCAGUUAACGUUAACCGGCCAUUUCCAAUGAAUCAAGGACAAUAUAUGUCUCCUAUGUGCGUUCAAUGUAAAGUAAAACCUCGUUGGAGAGAUCAAAAUACUGGACAGCUUUCUCUUUACUGUGGAAAAACUUGUAAAGACAAGGCCACAGGACUUUCAAGGAUAUCACAAAACUAUAAUGCGUUUCCAACAACCAUUGCAUCUAAUGGUAUUCCAACACAAAUAGGUAUUCAACAGCAACAGGCCACACCAUUAAAUCUUUAUCAACCCUCACAAUUAAGUCCAGGUGUUCAACCACAAUCCAUACCAAUGAAUCUUCAUCAACAGGCACCGUUAACUGUUCAACAGGCACCGUUAGCUGUUCAGCAGACUACACCAUUUAUGAAUGUUCAUCAGCAGUCCACGCCAGUUGCAGGUAUUCAGCAACAGACUACUCCUGUAAGUGUUCAACAACAGGCUGCAGCAAUGAAUAUUCAACAACGGACUUCAUCAUUAAAUGCUCAGCAACCAAUAAAUGUUCAUCAGCAAAGGAAUUCAGUAAAUAUUCAGCAACCAACAAAUGUUCAUCAGCAAAGGAAUUCAGCAAAUUUUCGUCAACGACCAAUUUCGCAACAAAGUACACAAUCAAAAGGUAGUAAUCGACAGCGAAAUUCAUACCAGAAUGGAUCGUACCAAGAUGAAAUGUAUCAAGAUAAUGAGUACCAAGAUAAUGAUGCUGAGUACCAAGAUGAUGAUGCUGAGUACCAAGAUGAUGAGUAUCAAGAUAAUGA